AUGAAAUUAUUGUACUUAUUUAGCUUUUUCGCAAUAUUUUUAGUCGCUGACAGCGUUAACGUUGAGAAUAGUGUGGGGCAAUUCUUCAGCAGCGGCCAUACGAAUAACUGGGCUGUACUGGUGUGUACCUCCAGAUUCUGGUUCAACUACCGACAUGUGGCCAAUACUUUGUCUGUGUACAGAAGUGUUAAGAGGCUGGGCAUCCCUGACAGCCAUAUAGUUUUGAUGCUGGCAGAUGACAUGGCUUGUAACCACAGAAAUCCAAAACCGGCCACAGUGUUCAGCCACAAGAACAUGGAGCUUAAUGUUUAUGGAGAUGAUGUUGAAGUGGACUACAGAGGGUACGAGGUGACCGUGGAGAACUUCCUGAGAGUCUUGACUGGACGGCUUCCUCCCAGUACGCCACGCUCCAAGCGCCUCCUCUCUGAUGACCGAAGCAACAUCCUUAUAUACUUGACGGGUCACGGUGGGAAUGGAUUUCUGAAGUUCCAGGACUCGGAGGAGAUCAGUAAUGUGGAACUGGCUGAUGCUUUUGAGCAGAUGUGGCAGAAGAGAAGGUACAAUGAGCUGCUCUUCAUCAUUGACACCUGUCAGGGCGCCUCCAUGUACGAGAGGUUUUACUCUCCAAACAUCAUGGCUCUGGCCAGCAGUCAGGUUGGGGAAGACUCCCUGUCGCACCAGCCAGAUUUGGCUAUAGGAGUCCAUCUGAUGGACCGUUACACCUUCUACCUGCUGGAGUUCCUGGAAGACAUCCACCCUGCGAGCAAAGCUAACAUGAACGAUCUGUUUAAAGUUUGUCCCAAGAGUCAGUGCGUGUCCACCCCGGGCCAUCGCACCGAUCUGUUUCAGAGGGAUCCUGGAAGCGUUCUCAUCACAGAUUUCUUCGGUAGCGUCCGAAAGGUUGAGAUCACCACGGCCGCCGUAAACUUAACUGACCCCGUUGAGCAGCAAGAGGAGAGUCUUGUGAAUGGAGAAAAGCUUAAAGAGAUGUACUCAUACGUGGACCAGCUGCCAGUGUCUGAGAUCAUCCAUCAGAAACCAAAGCAGAAAGACUGGCACCCUCCUGACGGCUUCAUCCUGGGCCUGUGGACUCUAAUCCUUCUAGUGUUUUUCAAGACUUACGGCAUCAAACAUCUCAAACACAUCUUCUGAGGGUCGGCGCUCAGAGGAGCAGCAGUCGUUACUGAGGGGAUGCUGGGGUUAAGGUGCAGUUUGUGACUGGCUCAACGUGUCAUCUCACUGGACUGCGACUGGUUGGCGACUCAAUGAGAACAUUUUCCGCUGCUAUCACUAAACUCUGAGUAUUUGUGACUAAAU